CCCAACGUCACUUCCGAGGCUGGAGACAAGAUGGCGCCCGGACGGUGCCGGCGCUGAGGCCGCUCUGCCGCCAGCGGGGCCCGGGGCUCAUGUAAUCAAAGGAGUUUCUUUGUUGUGUGUAUCUUUUCAGAACACAACAGGAAUUCAAAAUGAAUCAGAACACAACUGACUCUCCUGUUGCUGUGGAGACCUUGGAUGAUGUUCCUGAGCACGUGCUUAGGGGCCUUCCUGAGGAYGUCAGGCUCUUCCCUUCUGCUGUUGACAAGACUCGGCUUGGUGUCUGGGCAACAAAGUCAAUUUUAAAAGGCAAGAAGUUUGGACCAUUUGUUGGUGACAAGAAGAAAAGAUCUCAAGUUAAGAGCAAUGUGUAUAUGUGGGAGGUCUAUUACCCAAACCUGGGCUGGAUGUGUGUGGAUGCCACCGACCCAGAGAAGGGCAAUUGGCUCCGCUACAUAAACUGGGCCCGCUCAGGGAAGGAGCAGAAUCUCUUUCCUCUGGAGAUCAACAGGACCAUAUACUACAAGAGUUUAAAGGUAUCACUGGCUGAACAGCUGUUGCUUUGUUAUCUUUUAUUGUUAACGCUUUUUAUUCCUCUUUAUUAAAGAACUUUUUUCUUACCAUUUGUAUUAAA